AUGCAAACGGUUUAUGAAAGUGACAACUUGAUUGAUUGUAGCAAUUUUAUGCUGAAUAAUAAAGAAUCGAUAGAUGAUUUUUUAGAUAUAAAUGAAAUAAAAGAUGAAAAUGAAGAUAAUUAUAUAAAUUAUAACAUAGAGUGUGCAUUAAAUAAAAGAAUAGAGGAUAAAAAAAAUACUUUAAAGAAUAGAAGAGAAAUAAUAAAUGAUAAAAUAAAUGAAAAUAAAAAAUAUGAAUAUGGAUUAUCAGAUCCUAUAUCAUUAAAGUUUCCAACAGAAGAAGACUUAAAAAAAACAAAUGAUGUAGUAGAAUUAUUAAAAAGUUACAACUUGUUUGAAACUGAAUAUGGAUUAAAAAAAAGAGAAAAAGUAUUAGGAAUGAUAAAUAAAUUAUUUCAUGAAUUUGUAAUAGAAAUAUCAAUAAAUCAAGGGAUAAAUGAAGAAGAAGCCAAACAAAUAAAUGGAAAUUUAUACACAUUUGGUUCAUAUAGGUUGGGUGUAAUAACCCCUAAUAGCGAUAUAGAUUGUAUAUUCUUGGCCCCGAAAAAUAUAACAAGAGAAAUAUUUUUUAAUGAAUUUUAUUUAAAGUUACAGCAGGAUAGAAACGUAAGAAAAUUACAAGCAUUACCAGAAACAUACACUCCUAUAAUUAAAUUUAUGUACGAUGAUGUAGAUAUUGAUUUAUUACUUGCAACAUUACCCUAUAGAACAUUAAAAGAUUGUCAUUAUUCAUUAGAUAAUGAUAAUAUUUUAAAAAAUUUAGAUGAAAUAACAGUUAGAUCAUUAAAUGGUAUUAGAGUAGCUGAUUUAAUUUUAAAUUCGGUUCCCAAUAAAGAAUGUUUUAGAAAUACUUUAAGAUUUAUUAAACUAUGGGCAAAAAAUAGAGGAAUAUACAGUAACAUUUUGGGAUUUCUUGGGGGUAUAUCCUGGGCAUUGUUAACAGCAAAAGUCUGUCAGUUAUACCCAAAUUAUAAUAUAAGUCAGCUCAUAUGUAAAUUUUUUAGAGUAUAUUCAAUAUGGAAUUGGAAAUAUCCAGUUCUUAUAAAAAGUAUUAAAAAAUCUAACAUUGAAGGAUUAAAAAAUUUCCCAAUAUGGGAUCCUGAAAAAAACAUAAAAGAUAAAUUACAUGUUAUGCCUAUUAUUACACCUGCAUUUCCUUGUAUGAAUUCUACAUAUAAUGUAACAUAUUGUACUAGAAAUAUAUUAAUAGAAGAAUUUAAGAGGGCUCACUCCAUUAUUAACUAUAUGGAAGAUAACCCAAGCAAUAACACUAACAUUAAUAUUAAUAUCUUAAAUAAUAAUAAUAACACUUCUUAUAAUAGCAAUAAUAUAUGGGCAAAUAUAUUAAAACCCCUUGAUCUUUUUACUAAUUAUAAACAUUUUUUGCAUAUUCAAAUUAUGGCUACAAAUGAACUAAUACAUAAUAAAUGGAAAGGAUGGAUUGAAAGUAAAAUUAGAUUAUUAUUUAAGAAGUUAGAAACUAUUAAUGAAUUAAAAAUUAGACCAUAUCCCAAAUUUUAUUUUUAUAAAAAGGAUAAAUAUUAUUAUUGCUCUUCAUUCUUUAUUGCACUUGUCUUUUUUUUUAAAAAUGCAUACGAUAAUACUUUUAAUCUUUCUUAUGCAAUUAGAGAUUUUGUAGAAAUUGCUUUAAAUUGGCCUCACAAAAAUAAAUUUCCAAAUUCUUAUAAAAUUAAUAUCAGUCAUCAGAAGAGAUCUCACGUUUUAGAAUUUUUAUCGAGUAUAGAAAAUCCUGAUAAUACAUAUGAAGAAAAUGAAGACGACGCAAAUAAAAAUUUGUCAGAUGAAAAUGAAAUUAGUAAUAAUAAUACUAAUGAUAAUAAUAUUAAUGAAGAUAUAUCUGAUAAACAUAAAAUAGAUGACGGGCAUAUAUUAAAUUGA